AGUCAAGAGAGUUUAGACCUGUCCUGUCAACGUUCCAUGAAUUAGACACCACCCAUUCAAACACAGGGUUUUAGAUGAAGCAUGCAGAAACUUGGGUGAUAUUUCUUAUUAAAUGCAUGGACUGGGUGCUUGGUGAAAGCUUAUACUGGGCCACAUCUAUAUAAACAAAUCUCUUUGGCUCAUUUCAGGGGACAGAAACACCCCUUGAUCAAAUCCACUGCAAAUUUCUCUGUAAGCUCUACAAGCAACUUUUUGUUACCAAGAAAUGGAUUGGAUGGAUCCAAUUUUUGUGUUGUUCCUAUUUGCCCUUACACUUGCAUUCCUUUGGGAAAGGAGCCAUUUCUGGAAUAGCAGUAGCCGAAAGCUUCCACCUGGACCAUACCCAUUACCACUCAUUGGAAACCUCCACCUAUUGGAUCUGAAGAGGCUUGACAGAACCAUGUUCAAGUUCUCUAAACGGUACGGCCCUGUCUUCAGAAUCCAAAUGGGAUUUGAGAAAACGGUAGUUCUGGCGGGCUACAAGACUGUGAAGGAGGCUUUGGUGAACCAGGCAGAUGCCUUUGCGGGCAGGCCUGUGGUCCCAAUGAUUGAAGACUUUGAACAUGGCAACGGCGUUGUUUUUUCUAAUGGAGAGAACUGGAAAAUGAUGAGGCGGUUUACGUUAACCACGUUAAGGGACUACGGAAUGGGCAAGAAGACCAUAGAAGACAAAAUUGUUGAGGAGUGCCAUUCCCUAAUACAGAAGUUUGAAUCUUUUGAAGGAAAACCAUUUGAGACAGCUACCAUCAUGAAUGCUGCUGUAGGCAAUAUUAUAGUAACCAUAUUACUCGGCAAGCGAUUUGAAUAUGAAGAUCAAACGUUUAUAAGGUUACUGAACUUGAUGAAUGAAAACAUCCGCCUCGGGGGACAGCCCUCAGUCGUGCUGUACAACAUGUUCCCUGCUCUGGGUUUUCUUUCUGGUGGUCGCAAGACUAUGCUUAAGAACAGGGACGAACUGUACGACUUCAUACAGGCCACCUUCAUCGAACACCUCAAAGAACUGGAUGUGAACGACCAGAGGAGCUUCAUUGAUGCUUUUCUAAUCCAACAGCAAGAGGAAAAGAACAAGAAUCAGAGCAACAGAUUUUUCCAUAAUGAAAACCUAAAAGCUCUUGUGGAGAACUUAUUUGGGGCUGGCAUGGAGACCACUUCGACUACCUUGCGUUGGGGCCUGUUGCUGAUGAUGAAGUACCCUGAAAUUCAGAAGAAAGUGCAAGAAGAAAUAACAGAAGUGAUCGGAUCAGCUCAGCCGCGGAUAGAGCACCGAGCAAAAAUGCCCUACACAGAUGCGGUGAUCCACGAAGUUCAGAGGUUUGGUAAUAUUCUCCCCGCUGGAGUGCCGCAUGCCACCAAUGCAGACGUCACUCUUGGAGACUACUUCAUCCCAAAGGGAACACAAAUCAUUGCAUUACUGUACUCUGUGCUGUACGAUGAAUCUGAGUGGGAGAAACCCUUUAAAUUCUACCCUGAGCACUUCCUUGAUGCUGAAGGAAAGUUUGUCAAGAGAGAUGCCUUUCUACCUUUCUCUGCAGGUCGGCGAGUGUGCGCUGGAGAGACCCUUGCCAAAAUGGAGCUCUUCCUUUUCUUCGUGAGUCUUCUGCAGAGAUUCACUUUCCAACCAGCCCCUGGGACGUCUAAAGAAGACCUGGACCUGACUCCUGUAGUUGGGUUCACAGCACUUCCAACGGCCUUCAGAAUCUGUGCUUUGCCGCGUUCUUAACAUCCCACCAUGCUUAGUUCUUUCUGAACACCAUCCUCCUCUUCUGCAUCUUUUUUCUUAAUAAGGACAUUUCAGAUUCAACAAAAACAGACUAUGGUUGGUCACAAACAUUUGUGUUUCAAAUCCUUCUCUUUGGAACCCCUACAGAUAGAGACAUAAUUUAGUUCAAAAUUUGGACUUCACUUCUUGAAUUAUUUGCUCAACAGUAACAUUAUUUCUGUGUCUGAUUUCUUGCAUCGACACAUUACAGAUGUCUUUGAAUCUCCAGAACAACUCAAAUGAGCUAACAAUGAUCAUAUACGUCAAACUGAGAUUCUUCCAAUGGUAUUUUUAUUUGUAAUUUAUUUGUAAUUUGUACCAGUUAUGUAGACAAAAUAAAUAACAUUGGUGUUGCAUUUU